AUGGCUUUGGCCAGGGUAUCGGCCCAAAAAUGGUUGUUGGGGACGGCAUCGCUCGCAGGAUGCGCCCUUGUUGUGGUGCUCCUAGCACAUAUGGGACGAGCAAGGGAACAAACUGUGUUGACAUUCUGGGAUGGUGCAGCAGCAGAUGAGCCUGGUUACGCCGAGGAGGCGAGCAAUCAGAUUGGAACCGGAUACUUUUCUGAUCAUGUAGGUUAUUGGGAAAGGCCAGGUUAUUGGAACAACCGCGCACUUGCUGAUAACAGCGAAUCGAAAAUGGACGACAGGAUGAUGCGCGAUGCGGAAAGCCAGCAGUUCUACGAGACAGGGGGAGCAGAUUUCAUGGACACCAAGUCCUUGUACGACCCGUCGGACGGCGAGAAUGCCAACUUUGUGGACGGUGCCUACAACAAUGCUUGGCCGGGCACAGGCGGAGGGAUCUAUGGCUGGGAUGACCUUGCUUCGGAGAACGACCUCUAUGACGGACAGGUUGGAAGGAAACGCUAUGCCCGUGGUGACAGUGAACAGAUGGAUCUAAGAGAGACGGAGAAGAAACGAUCGCUUCUCCCUCCUUCGACCUCUCUUGACCGGAAUCUACUACCCCCAGAAUUCGGGUUCGCCUCAGCACAUGUGAACAUGCGGGAAUGCGCGUUACUGCGCAUGCUGGCACUCGUGCUGGUGAUGGCGGGGGAGACGAGCGAGAUGAGGAGCAGGGACAUGGCGACUGACGCUCCUUUCCUCUGCCCUCACGCUGCAUCCACCUCGCUCAGCAUCGCACGAGACAUCGAGAGGAUCAGAGGAGGAGCAGGUGAGGCCCCCGAUCCUCGUCAUCUGUUGCUCCUCAUUCUGCGGCUGAUUGCGAGCAUCAGACAACGCAGACCCAUGCAGCAGCCAGCACAGCAACACGAGCAGGCAGGGGAGGAGGCUUACCUUCAGUGGCUCACUGAUCCCUUCGCGCUAGGAACCCCACAAAGCGCAACUACGCCGAUAAGGAUCGACAGAGCAGCGAGAGGAAGCAGCUGCUUCCGUCUUUGA